CAUCGCUUCACCAUGAUCCAGAGGCCUGGCCGGAGCACAGAGCACAUGAACGGCGCGAAGGAACAAACCAAAAGGAAUUCCACAUCAACAUCGCGCGAGAGUAAACUGCUGCUGCUGCUGAACGCCAAGUAAACCAGUUUUCAGUUCAGCUCGGUUCGUUGCUCGAAACGGAACGAUCGUCGCGUCGGUUGAGGUCGGCGUUACACCAAGGUGUAUCCACCGGAGUGGGUAAUAAAAACGGAGUUUAUUUCUUGGAGGAAAAAAUAAUAGCAACAAAAAAAUCCUGGUGUAACCUUUGGGUCUCGAGGCUUGAGCGCGACUUGGUUGUUCGGGGUGUUCUAGAUUCUCUCGAAUCUGCAUGACGAAGCUGUUGCUGGAGGUCGGAGGAAUAUUGUUUUAAUUCCCUUUGCCGGACUGGCUGCUGGUGCUGCGGCAGAAGAUGGAGUUUCGUUUUAGCAUUUUCAUUGCUUAAUUAUAGCUGGCGCUUUUGGGAUCAGAGCGAAUCUCGGACGGAUCGCGGGAACCGACUUCCGGUGGGGCCCAGCUGUAGACCAGAGGGGAGAUUUUGAGUUUCAACUCAUAAAUUCCCAUUCUAAACACUGUGCUGAGAGAUCUUUGGAAAGAUGGCUCGUGCUAUUUCGUCGGAGGAAGAUCGCACAGGCUGGCCGGGGUCAAUUAAUUAAGAAUCUCUAAGAAGAUAUUAAAUGUGACGAAGAAAUGCUCGUGCGGCGCGUGUUUCGAAUGGUUAUUAAAUUACUUAAUUAAGAGAGAGAUAUGUAGUGCAGUGAGCUCAGUGGAGUGUCUAGCAACCGUUCCGAGAAGUCUGAAAAUAUCUCAGCGCAAGUCACACCGUCAUCAUCGCCAGCCAGUAGUGAGUGUCCCGAAACCAGUUUUAGUUCAGAAGAGAGGAGAAAUUUAUCAGUUAAAAAUUGCUCAACGGUCAGCCCGAAAAAGAAAAAAAACACCAUCGAAACUGCAUCCAGCUGUACCGGAAUACCCACAGAGCGUACAAAGUUUUGUCAUUUUUCUGCCUGAUCGGACAGCAAUUGUCCACCACCGGCGUGAAGGGACACCCUCGGUGCAGGAGGUCCCUGGUCAUCGAAGUCACGUCGCAGCAAGAAGAAGAAUCGAGCAAGUAGAACCCACCAUUGAUGUUGUUGCUGGUUCCUAGCGAGAGGGUGUUUCAAUGAAUGGUUGAAGAAGUCAAUUUCCCCGAUCAUCAUGACCAUGACGAUUCAGUCGAAUCUGGACUCGCCCAGGAUGCACCACCAACACCACCAGCAGCAGUCGCAUCGUGCCGCCAUGGAACAUGGACAGCAGCAGCAGCAGCACAGGUUCCAUCAGCACGAUCCGGCCUACAACAUAACCAGUGCCGAGGGCGAUGAGUACAACAGUGACAACAGCAUAGCCGUGCUGCAGCAUCACCACCGGUACAUGCCCUCGAACAGUUCCAGCUCCUGUGAUAAUACCAAACACCAUCCGGGACCGGGUUCCAGCAGUGCCGGACACGGUUCCUGCGACGAGAAUACGCCCAGUGUGCUGGACAUUAACCUAGAUACUAAGAAGAUUGCAUUAACAAAUGCGGCCAACAACUCGAGACUGAAUAGCCCCGCCAGGUUUGAGAACGAGCGCAAGUACACGAACCACAUCGAGGUGUACAGCGACAACAGCACCAACAAGCUGGAGGAGGAGAUCUCCGAGGACGACCGGGGGCCACCGUUGCCGCCAAGGCCGGCGCCGCGAACGCGAACCCUGCAGCGAGCUGAGAGUGCUCCCACGACGUCCGGCGUGCGGAAGUACGUCAUCUGGUGCCUGAUAUGUGGUGGAAUCUCCUGCCUGCUGGGAAUCCUCUUCCUGGGGAUCUACUUCCUGCUCAGGUCGUACACCAGCACCGUUGGGUACUUUGAGACGGUUCCGACGUUCGUGCCGGCCACGCUGCUUAUGGUCACCGGAAUUUGUAUCAUGAGUCUAGCCAGGAGGCGGAAUCGAUACAGUUACUUGAUCAAACUGUCCGGCGCGUGCGGGCUCGCUUCCGCCCUGACCUGUGCCCUGGUCACCGUCACCACGACCGUACUCCACAUGAGCCGUCUGCAGGUACUUCGCGAGUGCGAAUACACGCAAAAGACCCGCACCUGCACGUGCUACUCCGUGACGGCGGACAAACAGGCCGAGGGUGUCGACGACAACGUGCGCUUCGUGUUCGAUUCGACGGCCGAUUGCGGAGUCGUUCAUGGGGCACUGUACUCGUGUCUGCGGGCCGUGUUUGGACUGUCCGUGGCCGGGGUGCUGGUGGCGGUGUUCAGCUGCAUGUUGGUGUACCAGCUGUUGAGUCACGAACGCAAGAAGAUGUACUGGGAACAGCUGGAACUGCGGUGCCGUUCGUUGUACUCGGGCCAGCAAGGACCGACGGUGCUUCCGUCGGGACCGAUGCUGGGUGGGGGACGGAAUGGAAAUUGCAGGUGCUGCGAGCAGUGCCACGCCCAUCGGAAUGUGCUUCCAUCGGCUUACCCGUGGGAGGGGGACCAGCGGUUCUGGACGCCCGGCCAGGCGGGGAACUUUUAUUCGCCCAAUCCGGGCGGAGAGGAGAACACGGGGAACAGUAGGUUGAAUGGCCAAAAUGGGCGACGAAUGCCCGGUUGGAGUUGGCCUAGGAUGCCAUGGCAGAGAAAUGACUCCCAGCGAAUGUCCCCGCACAGUCCGGAUUCCCAGUACGGGUUUUCAAACCGGACGAACGGAGCAGAUCAAGCAGCGCUUGCCGCAGCUCAGCCAAGGUACAAUGUAAUUGAGCAGCAGUACGGCAUCUGGGGUCCACCCCCACCGUACAGUGAUCCAAAUAGUCCGGCCCGCCGUGGCCGUUAUCAGUACAUCCAUCCAGCACAGUGCCAAGUAAUGCCCUUUAAUGCUGAGGCGAAUGCUCCACCGAGUAACAUCGCAAUUCUGGAGUGCCACCAACACCCGAUGGCGACGGUUGAGAACCAUUCCAUCCAACAGCAGUACAACAAUCCGGUCCAACAGAACGGUAAUGCCGCCUUCCGGAAUCCAGCCAAGCGGCAGCAAGCGUUCAAGCCUACAGCCGCCGCUAAAGAUAACUACGAGAAUACCCCAUCGGACAGUGACGUUCCGAGGGAUCGAUUCUCAAACACACUUCCUCUGCGAAAAACCAAAAAGCGCGUGGAAGCGGGUGCGAAGAGCAUCGGACCAAACCAACCGGCCCCGCGGGUCAACGUGCAGAACGUGUUCAACUCAAACGCACCCAACGGACAGCAACACUCGGUUGAGACGUCCGAAAACGAGUACAAUGAACCGACGCACCCGAACAAUGAACCGGGUUGCAGCAGUCAACCUGCGCCGACGCACGCCAAGACGAGACGGAUCAAGGCCGGCGUAGAGAACACCGGAUUCCAAACGGUGGAAGCUCUCGAAGCGGAAGGUAAAAUCAUGGAACCGACCGAGUCGGAAGUGUACUUUGCGGAUGUGAGCAGCUGCUGCAACAUGUCCGUGAAGAACGAUAACUACUACGAGGACGCGAACCAAAGACGGAAGAGUAUGAAGGACAAGAACAAGCAGAUCGAGCAGGAUCAGCAGCAACAGCAAGCGGACGAUUACAUCGCGCAACGCUUCGGCAAGCGAGAACCGUCCGUGCGGAGUCGGUUGCCCUUCCCGCAGAUCAUUCCGGAGACGUACGAGAAGCCGAUGGUGAUGCCACGGCCCUCGCUUAUGCAUAAGGAUAUCUCCCGCCAGAGCAUGUGUUCAGUGGAGUCGGGCGAAAAGACCGACUAUACGGAUCUGUCUCCGGCCACUCCCAGUACAAACUUUCCCUCAGUAGUAACAUAUCCGUCGGCAUCGUCGCAGCAAGAUGCUCGCCAGUCGGUCAGUCCUUCGAUUCCGAGUGUCGCGGACUUUGCGUCCGAGCCCAACAGUUCCAACUUUAUUGCCUCGUACCCGUACUCGUCGAACGAGCAGAGUCAGGAAGCGCACCGGCGCUCGACCAAGAACCUGCAGGACAUCUUCCUGGCACCCGACUCGCAGUACGAGGUAAUCAAGGAACCGUCCGUCGUCGUCAGUAAGUACAAUGAAACCACCCCGCUAACUCUGUCCUACAUGACCCACCAGCAGGACAUGUCCGCCCAGUUUGGCUACCUCCCGCCGAGCAAACCGCUGCCAUCGUCGCAGACAUCCUCCAUCAGCUUCCAGCACCAGCAUCCGACGGUGGCGCAGCAGCAAUCCCAGCAGCAGCUGAAGCCCAAAUCGCCCAAAAAUCUCAACAUCACUCCGAUCAAGCGACAAAGCUUGGGGACCAACAUUAGCUCGAUCAUACAGAACCUCAGCGGAAGCGAGUCCGGGCUGCUCUACCCGGACGGACGCCACAGCUCUCAGGAUCCAUCCGGAAGCAACAAUGCCAGCACCAACACCAACCCCGGUGGACCAAGCGGACUGCGCAGUCUGGACCUGGUCGGACGGAACGCCCACGACGAUUCUGACGACGACGACGACGUUACCAGCAUCGAGGAUAAUGACGACCGGAAGCGGUUGUGAGACGAAGUGUAUGUGUGAGUAGAGCCACGUUUGAAAGCACAUACCGUUGCCGCCGGUUCUAGGCGGAAACCGUUGGCCGGUGUCCGCGGACCAAGGACCUAACAGUCAAGCCUGACAGUCAACAAAGUCCUUUCCUGAUUUUGGUUAGGGAGAACACGUAGUUAGGGUGCUUUAUAAGGCUAUUAAAAUUUUAUGUUUUGUCUUAAAAAAAUAUUGUUUCAAAUGCAAAAAAAAAAAACAAUUUAAAAGUUCUGAGUACAAAGCAACGUUUUCUUUCGCAGUUGCCAUUAAGCACAUCCUUAAUGUACGUGUUCUUAUUGUUGUUAAUAGUUUUACAUUUUGGUUUUACCUUCCCGAAGAGAUAACAGUCUUAGUGACAAACUGUACAAUACAAGUUUAGAAUACAAAAAUGUCUGGCUAGAUAAAAAAAAAGUAGCAUAAACGUUAGGCCAACCCUAUGCGAUAGAACUUUUAAUUUCGAGCAAGACAAACCUAUUCGAUUGAGCUACAAAGCUUGCCAGAAAUGUGAAAUGUUUCCCCCCAUUCAAGGAGCUUCAAAUAUUGAAUUAUCCAGUUAUAAAUACAUGGAUAGCUUAUUACGCCCGUUCGUUCGUUGUUUGGAUCAUUAUCUGGAUCGAUACUCUCCAACCAACUAGUGAAAAUUAGUUCUAAAACAAUGAUGUUCAUUUCUGGUAGCGCCUUUUAAUAUCAUACCUCCCUCCACAAAAGAAAAAUGGCGGCAGUUAGAUCUGUUAAUCAAAUUCAUUAGAGCCAAGACUGCUGCAGUCUGAUAGUUGAUCCGUAAUGUGAGUAUACAUAUAGUUGAAUGUAGCCGAAAGUGUAGAUUUAAGAUACAGUUUAAAAUUUUGUAAAGCAACAGAUCUCCUCAACUUUAUUUCCCGUUCAUAGCUUUAACACUUCAAUACGAUUUGAGUAAAUGCGAGGACUUCUGGGCGCAGUGACUGUUCCCCUUUUCGUGUUUGAUUUCAGCAGCCAACAAGAGACAAAAAAAAAACAAAUUAUUGCUGUUCGUGCGAUAAUUAUACGAUCGUAAAAUAUGUUGUACAUAAAUCUAUAAAGAGCAAAGUUUGUGCGAAGCAUGCAUUCAUCGAUACCCAUUAACAUAACCUUAACCCAUAACAAAUAAAGAUCUUGAUUUUUCACGCAAUCAUGUGUUAUCGAAUAAUUGUUACAUGUAAUAUAGGAAAGCUCAGUGGAAAAUGAAUGUUUUCGUUGUUGAAAUACAGGCAAACAGUUGGAUCCAUCUUACAACAUCAGUUGAAAUUAAUUUAACGCAUUUAAAAAAAUUCUUCAUUCUACACACAAAUUUAGUUAGGCCAUUUGACGACUGCUCUCCAAAAGUAUUGUAAUCAUACAUAAAGAUAAAACAGAAGAAUACGUUAUUUACGAUUACAGCGGUGUGCUAUAGAUUGAAACUAUCAUGAGAAAUGAUAUGCGCUCACGAAAUUCUUAUACAAACAAAAUGUAUUAAUUUGUUAACAAAAAUCAAUAAAAACAACGGAUACAAUUAUAUGCAAACAAAAUCGGG